AUGGCUUCUAUAUUCACCUACCAGGAUGAGCCUCCACGAAUUCAAUCUCCCUGGUCGACUCCGGGGACUUCGACUCCCCAGCCUUCGCAACAAUAUGGCACCGGUCUCGUCGAGGGGCAACAUGCCCCAAACGGACUUGUCAAGCUGGAGCCUGAGCAUCAAGACGGCCCUACUGAGUACAAGCUUCACCUGCUCCUUCGACCAAGGAGGAAAUUCUUAUCGACAACUACCACUACCUUCAUAUCUGGUUCUCACCACUAUAGCUCUCCGCAACAGCAGGUGUCCGGACCUACUCGCGCUCUGGUUGACACCAAUCCCGACCGCCCGUCGUCUCAACCUCCCUCGCAGGCUCGUCAGAACCGACUGCAGCAACUGACUACGCAGCUGCUCUGGAGGCUGCAACAGUCAUCGCCUUUUCAUUCGUCUUCGAAUGCCGAUCUGGUGUUGCCGGUUCUUCCGGAAGCAACUCCGAGGUUGGGAGUACCGGACCGUCCGGCCAAGCUUCUGCCAGGCCUGGAAGAAAGCCAAGGUGCGCUGUACGAGAUCGGCGUCGCUGACGAUGGCACGCUGGUCGGUCUUGUUGAGGACGAGUUGCAGGAGAGUUUGAUCAAUCUGAAUGCUAUGGCUGCUAGCCUAGGCUGCACCACCACUGUGCUGCGUAGGGUAGCAGUGGGGACGUGUGAAUGGGCAGACACAGAUAGUGAGCCGGGAGACACAACCACUCACAAAGAGAGACUCUGGGUGGCCGAAGUAUUGGUGUACCCGGACUCGCGCGCCUCGACAAAUGCAGAUGUACCAAAAGCGGCACUUGAUGAAGCAGCCACUCCCUCAAGGCCGGCGGACGAAUCUUAUUUGGCUGAGCAUGCAUCGACUGAACAGAUACGAGUGACCUUUAUAGGUGCUACUGCUGCUGGGAAGUCAACUUUGCUGGGCACCCUGUCGACCUCCACGUUGGACAAUGGUCGUGGAAGAAGCCGGCUUUCACUACUCAAACAUCGGCACGAGAUCGCCUCGGGGAUCACCAGUUCGGUUGCGCAUGAGCUUAUUGGUUACAUACAUGACCGGAACAAGGCACACUCGGUCAACUACGCCUCCGGAAAUGUCUCUUCCUGGGUGGACAUCCACAACGUGGCCGAUCGUCUUGUUUUCCUGUCCGAUUCGCCCGGCCUCCCGAGAUUCGCCAAAUCUGCCCUCCGAAGCCUUAUAUCGUGGAGACCGGCAUGGACGCUUCUGUGCAUCGCAGCCGACCAGAUAGACGACACCUCAAAUCUUGGCGCAACGCUUCCGACUGCGGAGCUGCAUGCUGACGGCGGGACAGGCGAGAAUGUGGAUCUUUCGCUUUCCUAUCUCAAGCUGUGUCUUCGAUUACACGUGCCAUUCAUGGUGGUCAUCACCAAACUGGACCUGGCAAACAAGACGGGGCUACGACUAGUCCUCGCAAAAGUCCUCUCUGCCAUCAAGGCUAGUGGCCGGAGACCUGCCAUGCUCAGCAACACGACAGUCCCACCUUCUGCGUCGGAAUAUGGACUUGUAGCCUUGGAGGGGCAGGACAUGGAUGACCGAGAUCAGAUCGAGGUAGACAACCUCAUUGCAUCCAUGCAGCGUGAUUCUGGACAGACCUUCGUACCCAUCCUGAUGACGAGUGCGGUCACGGGUCUUGGCAUCAGCAAGCUGCAUGCUUUGCUGCGAGCGCUCCCUAUUGUAUCCAAUCCUGUGCCAUGCCGACCCUUACAGCCUCAGUCUCCGCCGGGAUCUUCGCUUUUCCAUGUCGACGAGGUCUUCAGCAUUCCUCCAUCUCGUGUGUACACUCUGGACACAGCGACAUGCAUUGCGAGUCAAGGCGUUGUGCUUUGUGGCUACGUCUCAGAAGGAUUAUUGUCCGUUGGGGACACUAUGUUUUUAGGACCAUUCAUGGCGGACGCGGAUGUGUCUACUGCCAGCACAACUCAGCCUGUGCUCAGAGCGAGCUCUUACAGUGCCCAUCAGACAUAUUCGGAGGCGUUGCUAAGCAGCCGUUCGCGAUCGUACCAAGGUGAGCCGCCGAGGGUGCCAACCCCAAAAAUACAACCUUCGGCGGUCUUCCUUCGUGUACGCGUAGUGUCCCUUCGAACUCUACGCCUGCCAGUGGUACAUAUACAGUAUGGUGAGACUGGUACCAUUGGCGUUGAACCUCUGGACAACACUGAUGACACCAUCUCCCUGAGUAGAGCUCGCAAGGGAAUGGUACUCGUCAAUGUCAAUCAAAGAGUCACUGGCUACCAGUCAUUUUCUGCUACUUUUCCUGCCUCGGAUUUUGGGCAGUCAAACUCACCGAUUCUGCUACUUGGCGGCCACGCGAUCGUGUACGUGAACAGCGUCCGAGCAGCUGUCAAGGUAACAGCGGUGGCCUUGGACGAGGACGAGCAGUCUCCACCGACUGGGUCUACUGCUGCGUCUCGCAUCGGAGAAGAGGAGGCGGAUCUCUUCCGGUUCGAUGGGGACGAUGAUACUAAAACUUCCGCAAGGGAAAUGCUCAAUGGCGACAGGCAAUCGGCAGAGAGGAAAGAGAUCAAGUUGACGUUUCGCUUUGGCAGUACAGUGGAAUGGAUGAAGGUCGGUGACCAGGUCCUUGUUGUGCCAACCAUGACGGCUGCUGGUCCUGUGACGGGGCCCACCUCUGUGGCCAAUUUGUCAGGGCUUUCGGGAUAUGUAGGGAGAGUGUGUGAGUUGUAUGCGUGA